AUGAUUGCCCGCUCCGUUGCUCUCGUUACGGCGUUGCUUGCCCUCGGUGGCAGCUUGGCGAAUGCCCAUGGAUCUCACUCGACUGACCAGGCUCCUUCUUCGGACUGGGCAACGCGACACAUGCAAGAGGAACAUCACGUUGACAACUUCGACGCCUCAUCCUUCUUUAUCCUCCACGAUUACGACGAUUCGGGGACCUGGACCGCCGAUGAGAUCCGAAAGACAUAUGGCCUUGACGAUGAAUCAAACGCGGGCGUGAGCGAAGAGCGCAAGCAGCAGGCGGUUCAGGAAGUGUUUGCUCUCUUCGACCCUGCGAACACCGGUGUCAUUACCUCGGACAGUUGGAUGCAAAUCCUCUCAAAGGGUACGCGACUACCCGACUUUGGUUUCGGACCGGGUCAUCAUGGUGAUAUUGAAUACGAGUACGAGAUUCAUCACUUUGAGAAGUUCCAUGGGGAUGAUGCUACGAUGGAGGAUCUCACGCAUCCGGAAGAUAUUGAGCAUUUUCGGAGGCAUGACGAGGAGGACCUUGCUGCGGGGAAGCUCGAGAAGCUCGAGAGUAUGCAAAUUGUGGAGGCAAACAUUCCCCAGAAAUUCCUCCGGCGGGCUUAG